CAUGUUGACCUAUGAUGUUGACUUUUGACAUCCAUCCAUGCUAAAAUACAUGUGUAGUUUGGUUCACUAUUGUAAGAAUUUUGUUAUUUUUUUUAGAUAUUUUAAUAGAAAAUCGGCGAAAAUCGGUGUUCCAAAUUAAUCGUCCUCAAAUUAAUUUCGCUCGCAAAUAUGCCUGCUGCCGAAGAAGUAAAAUCUAGUUGGGCUGAUGAGGUAGAAUUGGAAGGGGGAUCUUUACCUCCUUCAACAGAAGUCGUUGAGAAUGGCCAAAAAAUAGUAACAGAAUAUAAAUAUACCGAAGAUAAUAAAAAAGUCAAAAUAAUUCGUACAUAUAAAAUUGAGAAGCGUGUUGUAUCGAAAUCAAUCGCAUUGAGAAAGACGUGGAAAAAGUUUGGAGAGUCUUCUAACGAUAAACCAGGUCCAAAUCCUGCCACAACAAUCGUUGGAGAAGAUGUAUACAUGCAAUUUAUAUCCAGCAAGGAAGAGGAUAACAAACCUGAGGAUGAGGGUCUAGAUAAACUAAAAGCUUUGGGUGACAAGAACGUUGUUAAAUGUCGUGUUUGCUCUGGCGAUCACUGGACCUCAAAGUGCCCUUGGAAAGAUUCAGGAAUUAUGGCUGGCAAACCCCUUGAUGACAAGAAGCUCCCAGUACCAGGUGUGCCUGGAGCAGAACCUGGAAAACCAGGAGGUUCCAAAUAUGUUCCUCCAAGUUUAAGAGAUGGGGCAACCAAAAGAACCGAUGGCCCGAAUAUGCCCAGAAGGGAUGACAAUUAUUCUGCUAUUAGAAUUGCUAAUAUUAGCGACUCUACAACUGAAACUGAUUUGGAAGAAUUAGUAAAACCGUUUGGACCUAUUCACAAAUUGUUUUUGGCUAAAGAUAAACAGACAGGAUUGUGCAAAGGGUUUGCUUAUAUCCAUUUCAAGUUUAAAACCGAUGCAGCUAAAGCCAUCAGCCGUCUUCAUGGUCAUGGCUAUGAUCAUCUCAUUCUCUCUGUUGAUUGGUCCAAACCAUCUAAUAAUCAGUAAUCACUUAUUAUUUUAUAAAUUUUAUCCAAUACUAUGCUCUAUUCAAAAGCAGUUAAUAGUUGAUUAUCAAGAGAGAUCCACUCAGCAUAGAAUUUAUAACACUAAAUAUACUAAAAAAUGUCUAUACCUACAUAUGUGACGGAUUCAUCUCUCCAAAAAAAUCAUUUAUGGGUAUUUCGCCACUGCAUUUUUUUUAUUUUGUAGAUUUUCUUGCAGUGCAGUGGCGAAAUACCCAUAAAGGAUUUUUUUGGAGAGACUAAAAAAUAUACUCUAUGAUUAGAAUGCUUUAUGAUCAAGCACCCUUUGGACGAUAAAGCUAAUUCAAUUGUUAUUUCCCUAAUAAGAUCAAUGUAAUUCUGCUUCAUCAUAGAACUUUUUGAUCAAACUGUAUAUCUGAUUUGAAACAGACACAAAUUAAAAUAUAACUGACUUUUUUCAUAAUUUAUUUUUUCACUUAGUAGUUAUGGUACAGAUAAAAAAUAGCUUUGCUAGUUUGUAAUACUAUUUUACUUAAGACUAUUUGCUGGUACUAUCAAGUGUUGUUGAACAAAUUGUAAAAAAAUAAUUAUGAAUAAAUGUAUAGACCUAAA